AUGCUUCAGCCCUCUAUUGAAAAUACCUCUGAUGAAAGUGAUGAUAAUCAAAACAAUGAUUAUUUUGGAAUUGAUCAAAAUAUUAUCAGUGGAUCUAUAGAAGUUUACGAUUCCGAACGCAAUAAUCUGACAGAGCCAACGACAAGUUAUGGAGAAUCACUUGUUAAACAAAGUAGUUCGUCGUUAUCGGAACUGAGUCUGGAGAUAACUCGUCCGACCAUAAAUGAUGCCCUACAGUUGUUAAACCAACCCCCAUUGCUUACGAGAAGACAGAAUGAUGAUACGUAUUUGAACAAUAAAAUCACUCGUGUUGCUUAUAAUUUGAGAAAGGCAUUAGGAGUACAAAAUGCAUUUAAUGACACUGAUACAAGCACAUCGUUACGUUUACAAAUUUUGACUCUAAUGCCGUCAAGUUGGAGCAUUGAUAAGAUUGUCGAGGUUAUGGGUGCUACGACGUAUAUGGCACGAUUAGCGAGAAAGCUUGCUGCUGACCAAGGAGUUUUACCAAUACCUGAAAAGAAAAUAGGUACGAUAUUGAGUUACAAAUUAAUUUUGUUUGGAAUCACCAAUGCGUGA